AUGGAUAACUCAGCCAACAAAAAAUGCAUCAGCACGCCUCUCGAUGAUGACUCCAUCGACAGCGAAGCCACGGGCGAGACCUUCGACUACGAUGGAAUCGCAAGCGUCGCAUCCGAACCCAGACAGAUUGGCGUUGCUGGUGCUAUGUUCCUGAUCCUGAAUAAGAUGAUCGGGACUGGAAUCUUCUCGACCCCUUCCAGCAUAUUCGCAGCAACCGGAUCGGUAGGGAUCAGCCUACUGUUAUGGGCAGUCGCCGGUCUCCUCACGCUCUCCGGCCUCAGCGUGUACCUCGAAUUCGGCCUGGCCAUCCCCCGCUCGGGCGGCGAAAAGAACUACCUCGAGCGCAUCUUCCGGCGCCCGCGGCGGCUGGCCACGAGCGUCUUCGCCGUCCAGAUCGUGCUGCUCGGCUUCUCCGCCGGGAACUCCCUCGCCUUCGGCCGCUACGUGCUCCUCGCAGCGGGCCACCCGAUGCCCGACGGCUGGAUCCCGCGCGCCAUCGCCGUCGCCUGCAUGACCUUUGUCGUCGUCCUACACGGCGUGUUUCCGCGAUGGGGCCUCCGCCUCACGAAUGCCCUCGGCAUCUUCAAGGUCCUCGUGCUGCUGCUGAUCGUCUUCUCCGGGUUUGCGGCCCUCUCUGGCUACCGGCUGGUUGAGGAUCCGCAUAACUUUGAUGACUUCUGGUCGGUCGAGAAGGGGGACGGGUAUGGCGGCGGUGGGGCCUACGCGUAUGCUACCGCGCUGCUGCAGGUGGUGUACAGCUACAAGGGCUGGGAGAAUGCCAACUACGUGAUGGGGGAGCUGAAGAACCCGCAGCGGACGCUCAAAAUCGCAGCCCCUCUUGCGGUCGUGGGGAUCACGGUGUUGUAUGUGCUCGCCAAUGUCGCGUACUUUGCGGCCAUUCCAAAGGGGGAGCUCGCCAAGUCCGAGGUUAUCGUUGCUGGGCUGUUUUUCCGGAAUAUGUUUGGGGAGAGCGCGGCCGCGAGGAGUCUCCCAGCGCUCGUCGCGCUCAGCAAUAUUGGAAAUGUGCUGGCGGUGAGCUUUGCCCAUUCCCGAGUCAACCAUGAGUUGGCUAGGGAGGGGGUAUUGCCGUGGAGCAAGUUUUGGGCAUCCACUAAGCCGUUCAAUACGCCAGCGGCUUCGCUCUUCCUCCACUGGCUCGUCACCGUCAUCGUGCUCAUUGCGCCCCCACCAGGCCCGGCAUACAACUUCAUUGUCAACCUAUACACCUACCCCGGCGCGUGGAUCAACGCCUUCGUCGCCGGCGGCCUGAUCUACCUGCGCCUCAGCAAAUCCGAGCGCUGGUCCUCGCCCUGGCAAACCUACCUCCCAGUCCCCCUCGUCUACCUGUGCCUCAACAUCUUCCUCGUCGUCACCCCCUUCGUGCCGCCAAACAGCGACUGGAAUGCCGACGGCUACCCGUACUACGCUUUCCCGCUCGUCGGCACGGGCGUCUUGCUGCUGGGGGCGGUGUACUGGUUCUUGUGGACUAGAGUCUGGCCGCGGUGGAGUGGGCGCGGUGUCGUGGUGGUGGUGGCGGAUUUGGGUGGUGAUGGUGAGGAGACGGUUGUGUAUGGGAAGCCGUUGCAGGCUGAGUCGGCGCUGCUGGGAGGGGUGGAGGAACCGUUGCUGGGUGGGAGGAGUGGCAGCAAGGUACAAGGUUAUAGUAGCAUUGACUGA